UUUACCAUGGACAUGAGUACAUGAAACAAUUUCCUUUCAUUCCAGUAGGAGCAUUGAGUGAAGAACCACAAGAAGCCCGCAACAAAGAUUUUAAAAGAUAUCGUACAGACUUCACAAGAAAGAUUUCUCGGAAAGACACUUUAGAAGAUAUUUUUAACAGAUUUAUGUUAACAUCUGAUCCACUAUUUUUUUUCUUAUUCAAGAAAUUUCAGUUGUCAUCAAAGACAACAAAAAAGGAUGAAAAUGUACACCUACCUCUAGAUUUUCUCAAUAAGGAAACUUCUGUUAACAAUGCCAUGAUGGGUGUGGGGUACGAUAUGAGUUCUGACGAGGACAAUUCUACAAGUAAUGAUGAAGAUGACGAAAUUACUAAUGAGUUUGAAGAUGGCGUUUUUUAACUAGUGAUUCAUAUUGUUGCGGACCGGUGUGGAC